CAGGAUUUCAUCAUUCUCCGGAGCUCGCGUUACGGCUGUCCAUGCUUCUCCGCAGCGCAGCAUCUGCACUGCUGAGGACCAGCACUGAGAUUUCCACCUCCUGUCGGCCGUCUACGGUCCGCUUCGUUCGGCAGUCGAUUCGCCAGCCGCCCAGAAACCGACCGUUUUCCACCUCGGUCUGCUUUUGUAAGAACAAGAAGAAAAGCCUGUGGCUUCAGCUUGCGGAAGAACGAACCACUAUGGACGGCAACAUUGAGAAGAUUCUCGCCCCUUUGAGGCUUGCAGUCAAAGAACAGGGGGACCUGGUGCGCCAGAUGAAACAGGAAGGAGCUCCUGAGGUGGAUGUGACCAAAGCUGUAGCUGAACUGAAAGCAAGGAAGAAAGCUCUGGAGAACAAGGAGCUGUCAUUGCAACCCAAAGAUGACAUCGUUGACAGAACCAAGAUGGAGGAUACCCUCAAGAGGCGGUUUUUCUAUGAUCAGGCUUUUGCCAUCUAUGGAGGUGUGAGUGGACUGUAUGACUUCGGCCCUGUGGGCUGUGCCCUGAAGAACAACAUCCUGCAGGCCUGGAGGCAGCACUUCAUCCAAGAGGAGCAGAUCUUGGAGAUCGACUGCACCAUGCUCACCCCUGAACCUGUACUCAAAACUUCAGGACACGUGGAAAAAUUUGCAGACUUCAUGGUGAAAGAUGUCAAGAACGGUGAAUGCUUCAGGGCUGACCACCUCCUCAAAGCUCAUCUGCAGAAGCUGAUGUCUGAUAAGAAGUGCGCAGCCGAGAAGAGGACAGAGAUGGAGAACGUCAUCACUCAGAUGGACAACUACACCCAACAGGAGUUGACUGACCUCUUUGUUAAAUACAACGUCAAGUCACCGACCACUGGGAACGAGCUCACCCCUCCCAUUUCCUUCAACCUGAUGUUUCAGACGUCCAUUGGACCAGGAGGGAAUAUGCCAGGCUACCUGAGGCCUGAAACUGCUCAGGGAAUCUUUCUUAAUUUUAAGCGCCUCCUGGAGUUCAAUCAGGGAAAACUUCCCUUCGCUGCUGCUCAAAUAGGAAACUCCUUCAGAAAUGAAAUCUCUCCUCGAUCUGGACUCAUCCGUGUCAGGGAGUUCACGAUGGCUGAGAUCGAACACUUUGUGGAUCCGAAUGAGAAAGACCAUCCUAAAUUCUCUAAUGUAGCCGACCUGAACAUCACGUUGUACUCCUCCAAAGCUCAGACCAGUGGCCAGUCGGCUGAAAUUAUGAAUCUGGGAGAUGCUGUGAAUCAAGGAGUGAUCAAUAACUCUGUCCUGGGAUACUUCAUUGGGAGGAUCUACCUCUACCUUACUAAAGUGGGUAUUGCCAAAGAUAAACUGCGUUUCCGACAGCACAUGGACAACGAAAUGGCUCAUUACGCCUGUGACUGCUGGGACGCUGAAGCCAAAACCUCCUACGGCUGGAUUGAGAUCGUGGGCUGUGCUGACCGGUCUUGUUAUGAUCUGAAAUGUCACGCACGAGCCACAAAGGUCCCUCUGGUUGCUGAAAAGCCUCUCAAAGAACCCUUGACUGUAAAUGUUGUCCAGUUUGAGCCUAACAAAGGAGCUAUUGGAAAGGCUUAUAAGAAAGAUGCUAAGCUAGCUAUGGAGUAUCUCGCAGUGUGUGACGAAUGCUUCAUUACAGAGCAGGAGGCGCUGCUCAACGAAACGGGAGAGUUCACCAUCGAGACAGAAGGCAAGACGUUCAAACUGACAAAAGACAUGGUCGGCGUGAAGCGAUUCCAGAAGACUCUGCAUGUGGAGGAAGUGGUUCCCAGUGUAAUCGAGCCCUCCUUUGGCAUCGGUAGGAUCAUGUACAUCAUCUUUGAACACACAUUCCAUAUCCGAGAAGGAGAUGAACAAAGAACAUAUUUUAGCUUCCCAGCUACCGUAGCUCCCUACAAGUGUUCUGUUCUACCUCUGAGCCAAAAUCAAGAGUUCAUGCCCUUCGUUAAGGAAUUAUCCGAGGCGAUGACCAAAAACAGCGUGUCUCACAAGGUGGACGACUCCUCGGGAUCCAUUGGAAGGCGUUACGCCAGGACGGAUGAGAUCGGCGUGGCGUUUGGCAUCACGAUCGACUUUGACACAGUGAAUAAGACGCCUCACACGGCUACUCUGAGGGACCGCGACUCGAUGAGGCAAAUCAGGGCCGAGGUUAGUGAGCUGCCUGUGAUCGUUCGGGAUUUGGCCAACGGUACAUUAACGUGGGCUGAAGUGGAGAGCAAGUACCCCAUCUUUGAAGGACAGGAGACCAGCAAAAAGGAUCAAAACGAAGAGUAAAUCUUGUUACGUUUAAAAAUGCAGAUUUGAAGCCAAGGCAGCACCAGGAAGAAUCCUGCGACUGUGAUGAGCCACAGUGCGUUCUCCACUUUAAUCACUAAAACGCUGCGUAUUUAACUAAUGUUGGAGCAGUGGAGAAGCUCGCAUAGGACUUCUUUCAUGUGACAAUUUCAACAUGUUUCUAAAAGGGACAAAAUAUAACCGGGGUAUCGGUGGAAGGAGACUUCCACUGUUCCAGUUUUCAGGCCGAUUUGAUUAUUUAACAGUUCCAAUAAAAGCAGCCAGCACUUACUGGACACCGACAA